AUGCUGGGCCGGCCGCUAACGCCACCAGAGGCGGUGUGGCUGGAGGCGACGCGCGGCGUGGCGGACUACCAGCUGUACUGCUGCACCGUCGUGCUGCUCGUUAUUCUCUACACGGUCGCGUGCCUGCCGUACGCGAUAUUAGACUACCUCCGCCUGCCCUUUUUCGAGCAGUACCGCCUGCAGCCCGCCAUGGCCCACUCGCUGGCCGACACGUGGAAGUGCUACAGAGACGUGAUCGGUGUGAUGGUGACGACGAUCCUCCCCCUUCAGCUGCUCUCCUAUCCUUUCUUCAAGGUAGCGGGAAUCACGGCGUCGCUGCCGCUCCCCACGCUCUCCACUCUAGCGCUGCAGCUGCUCGUCUUCCUUCUCAUAGAAGACUACGGCAACUACUGGAUCCACCGCCUCUUCCACCACCCCCUCCUCUACAAGCACAUUCACUACAAGCACCACGAGUACACGUCACCCAUGGGCGCCGCUGCCACGUACGCGCACUGGAUCGAGGUGCUGCUGCUGGGCGUGCCCACUCUCGUGGGGCCUGCGAUGGUGCAGUGCCACGUGGUCACUCUCUGGGUGUGGAUUCUGCUGCGACAGCUGGAGGCGAUCGAGACGCACUCAGGGUACGACUUCCCCUGGUCGCCGACCCGCCUGAUCCCGUUCUACGGGGGCCCUCGCUUCCAUGAUUACCACCAUGAGGUGGGGGGCGAGAGCCACUGCAACUUCGCCUCCAUCUUCACCAUCUGUGACUGGCUGUACGGCACUGAUAAGGGCUACUAUGCCAAGGUAGCAGCCGAGGACAAGAUGAAGAAACUACGGGCAGAGAAGACAGGUCUGAAAAAUGAGUAG